CGCCCACCCCGGACUUAGCCUCUGACUUCGCCAGUGACCAAUUCCGGGGCCUUAUCUCUGAUGGCUUAACCACGACACCACUGAGGCUGGUUUACAGUGCUGUAACAGCUGCUAAUUAAACAAUGCGCCUUGAUCAAGUGUGUGUGCAGCAAUUUUAGUAGGGGGUCUAAUCUGUGUUGAGCAAAAUUUAUUUGGGGGUUGAGUCAUGCUUCCCGAGAAAAUAAUAUUAAAAAGAAAGAUAAUUUGCUUGAAAGAGAGGCUUUAUGAUAGUAUUUUGGAUCUGGGAUAGCCCGUGGAGUCAGGCCACCGAUCUUAUCGGAGGUCGGACUCGGGAUGGGCGUGUUCGAAACUCUAGUGGUAUAUGGGCACAUUAAACUAGUUAUCAUCAUCAUCUUAAUAAGCAAGUGUUUGUUGUGUAUUCAUGUUGUAUAGCAGAAUCCGAGGCUACCUGAACAUGUUUAGCGAGGUGUCCUUAAUAAGCAAGUGUUUGUUUUGUAUUCGUGUGAUGUAUAGCAGAAUCCGAGGCUACCUGAACAUGUUUAGCGAGGUGUCCUUAAUAAGCAAGUGUUUGUUUUGUAUUCGUGUGUUGUAUAGCAGAAUCCGAGGCUACCUGAACAUGUUUAUCAAGGUGUCCUUAAUAAGCAAGUGUUUGUUUUGUAUUCGUGUGAUGUAUAGCAGAAUCCGAGGCUACCUGAACAUGUUUAUAGAGGUGUCCUUAAUAAGCAAGUGUUUGUUUUGUAUUCGUGUUUUGUAGCAGAAUCCGAGGCUACCUGAACAUGUUUAUCGAGGUGAAUGUUACCUCGGAGCCCUACGAAGCCUCUCUUCUCUGGUUUUUGUGGUACAUUGCCGCAUGUGGAGGCAUUAAUCGGAUUUUUGGUAUCACAAAUGGUGGACAGGAGAGGAAAUUUGUGGGAGGUUCCAUGCAGAUUAGUGAAGGUUUAGCUAAGAAACUUGGAAAUGAAAAGGUGCUACUGAAAAGCCCUGUGACAAAAAUAGAGCAGAAAGCCCAUGAAGUGGUGGUACAGGACCUCAAUGGAAAGCAAUUUUCAGCCAAAUAUGUCAUCGUAGCAACACCUCUUCCUCUCCAACAGAAGAUAGUGUACGAGCCUCCAUUGCCUAGUCGGAGAAACCAGCUCAUACAAAGACUACCAAUGGGCUCCGUUAUCAAGACCUUUAUGUAUUACAACACACCAUUCUGGAGGAAAAAAGGUUGCUGUGGGUCGGCAGCUAUUGAUGACCAGGACGGACUGAUCGGCUUCUGUCUGGACGAUGUCAAACCGGACGGUUCACAUCCGGCCAUCAUGGGGUUCAUACUGGCCGACAAGGCAAGAAAAUAUUGUGACCUGACUAAGGAGGAACGCAAAAAGAGAAUUUCUGAGUUGUAUUCUAAGGUCUUUCAAACAGACGAGGCACUGAAUCCGAUACACUAUGAGGAAAUGGACUGGCUAGCAGAGCAGUGGUCUGGUGGAUGCUACACCACAAUGAUGCCUCCUGGAUUCCUGACAAAGUUUGGAAGAGAAAUACGGAAACCGAUUGGUCGGUUGUAUUUUGCUGGGACAGAGACUGCCACCUAUUGGUCAGGUUACAUGGAGGGUGCCAUCCAGGCCGGAGAGCGUGCUGGAAGGGAGAUUUUGGCUGAAAUGGGGAAGAUUCGAAGUGACCAGAUAUGGCAGGAUGAACCGGAGGACAAGGAGAUUCUUCCACAUCCGUUUGAGACAAGUUUCUGGGAGAGACACGCCCCAUCUGUCCCUGUUUUCCUCUGUCUCACCACCACCGCCCUGCUGGUAGGGGGAGGUGUGGCCGGUACUCUUGUGUAUCACAAAUAUUUUCGCUGAACGCAAAACAGUUUUUUUUUUUUUCAUUUGACACUGAUGACUAAAAUUUAUUUUUACUUUUGUAACAGAUGAAACUGAUCAUUGUAAGCUUUUUUAAAGACGUUUAUUGGAGAAAGUAAGACUGUUAUGAUGUUUGUUAUAAAUGUCAUGUAGCUCGGUUCGUGUAGUUGGACUCUGAUUAAGGGAGUCGAUUUUUACUUUUUCUAAAAGAUGAGGCUAACUAUUGUAAUCCUUUUCAAGAAUAUUUUAAAGACAAAAGAUAAUUUUAGAACAUUUGUUAGAAUGUGAUGUAGCUCAGUACUAGAGCUUCCCACCACCCCCAUCCCCAUCAGUGGACUUGCUAAGAUAGUUUCCAUUCCAUGUGCUCACAACUGGCAUGUUAAAAGAUGUGGUAGGCAGAGCAGCACUCUUUUUACAUGGUCAUAUACCACUAAGGUUUCAAGCAUGUCUGUCCCAGGUCCAGUCUCUAGAUAGCCAGUGGCCUGAUCUGGGACAGACCGUGGUAGGCAAAAAGAAAAAGACAUUUUACUGCAGGUCAGAAGGAUCUUUUGUGGUAGCAAUGUAUUCAUUAUCUAGGUCAGUGGUCAUAUAAUAACCAUAUGCUGAAUGUUUUGAUAUCUGCUGAGUUAGUAAUGGGCUAGUAUGUUAUUUGUCAGUGAUGUGAAAAUCUUGAAGCUAGAUAUUUUUUUGCAGUUAUGUCAAAUGCUAUUUUAAUUGAAACGGCUUUGUUAAAGGUGUGAUGUGAAUGUUGCAUAAUAGAGGCUUUUCAGCAAAAUUAUUUUAUUAACUUUUGCUUGGAAGUGUAAACAUUAUACAUGUAUGUAUCUUCAACUAUAUUCCUAUAAAAUAUUACAAUCAAAUAAUUAUUUUACUAGUAGAAAAACGUAUUUUAACUGGAGAAUCUUUGAAGGAUGACAGACAGAAUUGAUUAUGUUCAUUGGAAGCAAACACGUUAUGAUGUUGCCAACAAGUUUGCUGGCUUUUUGCUACUCAUCUGUCUGUGGGGGCUUUAUCUUGCUACCAGCAAUCAACUUGUCAGAUUUUGUCGAUUUGCCAGGUUCAUGUGACUUGUUACGAUGUGAUGUUUGUAUAGCAUACUAGCACACAUUACAAUUUUGAUAGUCCCAAGUUAUAUAAUUUGUAAAGAUUAUAAUUGUUUGGCUUUUUUUUAGCAAUAUACAUGUAGGCAUCGAAAUAAGUCGAGAACAAGUCGUUCGAGUUACCAGCUGUCAAUAAAGUCAAAAACAGUACUUUGUUCUCGACAAAAUCUUAUUAAGCCAAAACUACACCACCUAAAUUUGGAUCAUUUGUGUUACUCGAAUAUAAAAUACACAUUUACGUACAAGUAGCAGUUGCCAGAAUGAGGCAAUGUACGGUUUAUACUAUAUUAUUAACGUUCACUCUGUAACGCAACUAAAUCACAAAAAUAGACAUCAUAUUUCAUAUGCAACUUAAAUUUCUAUGUUUAAAGAAGCGGAAUACAUAUUGUCACUUUUGUUGUAAAUCAAAAAGGGGCGUGGUUUAUUACACCAGCAUAACAUUUUGGCACUAAUACUGGAAGUCUAUCUUAAUUUAUUUAUUUUUCAUCUGGGGGGGGGGGGGGGGUCCCUAAUGAAAUACGUAGUAAUUCAAUGAAUACAGGCAUGCAUACAGGAUUAUCCCAUCAUUAUGUGGACUGUGGUGCUUUAAGGAAGGAAUACAUAGACAAUCUGGACCAUCACAUACAUCGUCCAAAAUAUUAGUGUUCCCAUUAUUUGAUUUUAGUACCACCACCCUAGUUUCAUUCAGGGGAUGUGUACAAAUGAUAAAAUAAUGAGAAAGCUUCUGCAGCUCUCCGUCUCAGGUCCAACUAGAAAUAGCACCCCUACAGAAUCUGGAGCUUGGACUAAGUAGAAAAACAGUGAUGUGAAUGAGUAAAAACAUUGAUCAGUGUGUCUCUGAAUGGAGUUUUUAGUAAUAACAAUGGAAAUUGUAAACUUGAUAAAUGUUGGGGUUUUGAGGGGUGGGUUUAGACAAUAUUUACUGAAAUAAAUGAAGUGGAUCGACAAACAGGCGGAAGGCCUGUAUAAAUACCUGCCCCCCCCCCCUCCCCCCCCCACAAGAUGAUGUUGCAUAUAAACUGCAUGCAUUUGAAUGAAUGAAUGAAUGAAUGAAUGAAUGUUUAACGACACCCCAGCACGAAAAAUACAUCGGCUAUUGGGUGUCAAACUAUGGUAAUGCAAAUAAAUAAAGUGAUGAUCAA